CUUACAUCCCCCAUUGCUUUUUUUCGCUUGUCUUUUUUUUUUUGUUUUUCAUUCAAAAAGUGAAUAAAAGCUGACUGUAUCUAAUGUCUUACAACCAAAACGACAAUUCAACCGUUGCUAGCGAGGACGAUAAAUCGUACGGGUUUAAACUGCAGGCUGAAAUUGACGAAGAACACACGCCUUGCGAGGAAUUGCCCGAAGGACUGCGUUAUAUUGCCGAUACGAGAAGACAAAGCGUCAAUCCAGACCACUAUUCGCGAGCCAACGUCGAAGACACACGGUGCAAUAUCCGCAACCGUGGCUAUUUACCUAUAGAAAAUUACGGCAUCAUUGGCAACAUGAGAACCAUAGCAUUGGUGGGAACAGAUGGAUCGGUCGAUUUUUACUGCUAUCCAAAGUUUGAUUCACCCUCCGUCUUUUGUCGCUUAUUGGAUAAGGACAAAGGAGGCCAUUUUUCAAUCGCGCCAAGAACGCCUCAUGCAAGCAAUAAGCAAAUGUAUUUGCCCAAUAGCAAUAUCUUGUCGACAAGGUUCAUGUCCGAUGCAGGCGUCGCUGAAAUCACGGAUUACAUGCAUCUGCCCGCUCCCGGACAGCGCAUGUCCGCAAAACCUCUCUUACCUUGGCUGAUCAGAAAAGUGAGGGUCGUCCGUGGCCUUGUCAAAUUCAAGCUCGAAUGCUAUCCUGCCUUUAAUUAUGCUCUGGAUGAACACACGACGCGCAUUGUUCGAGAGACCAUGACGGAAGAGGAAGAGAACAUUGCCUGCAUAGAGGCUCGAUUGCACCCAGAACAAGAUCAUCAUUAUUACGCCUCACGCGACCGUGUUCUGUUUGAAAGCAAGAGCUUGUCCAUGGAUUUGCGAUACAUUGUCCGAUGUGGUGAGUUUGAAUGUGCGAGAAUGGAGAUGCAUAUCGAUAAUGCUACAGAAAAUCGUACAGGUCCAGGUGUCUGGGCUGAAUUUGACCUGCAAGAGACGCAAGAGGUUGUUUUCAUUCUUCGCGAAGUGCCUCAUUUUGAGAAUCUCGAUACGGCGAAUGAAACUGUAGUGGAUCGUAAACUCAGAAUGGCAUUUGACCCACCUUUAACCAACAGUUUGAUGGAAGCCCUGGAACGACAAACAGUGUCAUUCUGGCUGAAUUGGGUCAAAAAGAGUACUUAUAAAGGUCGUUGGAGAGAAAGCGUGCUAAGAAGUGCCUUGACUUUGAAACUCUUGACUUACGAGCCUACGGGUGCCGUUGUCGCAGCGCCUACCUUUGGUGUUCCAGAAGCUAUCGGAGGACCACGUAAUUGGGAUUAUCGUUAUGUGUGGAUCAGAGACUCUUCGUUUACAAUUUAUGCAUUUCUAAGAUUGGGUUUCACGGACGAAGCAGGCGCCUACAUGAAAUAUAUAGAAGAGCGCUGUAAUGAUUUGAACGAAGAUGGCUCGUUGAAUAUCAUGUAUAGUAUCGAUGGUGCCAAAAAGCUUGAUGAAUAUGACCUCACACAUUUGGAUGGCUACAGAAGCUCUCGACCCGUCAGAAUUGGCAAUGGCGCUUAUGAUCAUCUUCAACUAGACAUAUACGGAGAACUGAUGGAUGGUAUUUACCUCUACAAUAAAUAUGGAUCACCUAUUUCUUACGAUAUGUGGUGCUCUGUUCAAAAAUUGGCUGAUUACGUUUGUGCAAAUUGGAACGUACCUGAUAUGUCCAUCUGGGAAGUAAGAGGACGUAAACAACAAUUUACAUAUUCUUUAGUCAUGUUGUGGGUUGCUCUCGACAGAGCCUUGCGUUUAGCAGACAAGCGUGUAUUUCCAUGUCCCAAUAGAGAGAAAUGGAUGGCUACAAGGGACGAAAUAUAUGAGUUGGUGCAAACAAAAUGCUACAACAAGGAAUUGAAAAUGUUCACUCAGAGUGUCGAGUCACCCGAGGCGUUGGAUGCUAGUACUCUGAUCAUGCCUUUGGUCUUCUUCUCCUCUCCCACAGAUCCUAGAUUGUUAAAUACGAUCAUGAGGAUUUUGUUGCCUCCCGAGAAAAGCGGUCUGACAGCCAACGAUUUAGUUUUCAGAUACAACUUUUUGACGACCGAUGACGGUGUUGGCGGUUUGGAAGGCGCCUUUUCCAUGUGUACCUUUUGGCUAGUGGAGGCUCUGACCCGGGCAGGCAAAUAUGAUAAGAAAUUGCUUGAACGGGCAGUUGUUAUGUUUGAAAGAAUGUUGACGUACGCUAACCAUCUUGGCCUGUUCUCCGAGGAGAUCGCAAGGUCCGGUGAGCUGCUGGGUAACUUCCCGCAAGCGUUCACCCAUUUAUCUUUCAUCAGUGCCGCCUAUAACCUUGAUCGUGUGUUGGCCCACGCUGAUUAACACCGUAAGUGGAACAGUUGUAACUGACCCAGAUAUUUUGUAACUAUAACAUUGCUUGUAAACAUUGCCGCAAAUUGUAGUAGUGUUUCUUUUUAAUUCAUUCUGGACUAGGUCUCCAUCAGUAGGAAAAAUACAUAAAUAAAACCCUUUGAUUUCAUUCGCAUACCAUUUAUUGUUUUGGAG